UUUCGGUUUCCAACCCGUACAAAAAUCAGCCGACGGGACCAUUUUUCACUCACUAUAAGGCCAAUUGUUCAGAAGGUUGAGGAAAUCUCUUGACAAUAGGACUCAACUUGUGAAACCAGAUGAAGACGUUUGUAUUGCUGGUUUGCCUGCUAGCUUUGGGCGGCUUGUCGUCCGGAGAGGACUGGGCUUGGAAAAAAAGCUCAGAAGCUUCCGAAGAAGAAAAGUCCGAAGCCGGCGAAUCCACGACCCUCAGACCCGCGUCCACAAACGACACACAGGCCAGGCAUUUCAUCAAGGACAGACUCUGCGACCUCGGGCUCGGCGGGUGCGGAGAUGAAGAGAUAGAAGAAAAAAGGCCGCACGUUCACCCGCACGAUCUGAUAUACGCUCAACCCGUGCAUCUUAAACCCGUGGGACGUCCCAUCCCCGCGGUGCCGGUACGCGGAUCGCCGACCGGACCCGGCUACGGUCCACCACCUCCCUCGAUCGGCGGAUACGGUCCUCCUAGGCCUGUACCUUUCCGUCCAAGGCCCAACAUUUACAACAAACCGCCGGCGAUCUACGAACCAGAACACGAGCCCACCAUCUUAGAAGAAAAACGCCCAGGACAUCACGGAGUUAACGGCGUACAGACUCAUGUACAUCAUCAUUUCCACCAUGGAGACGAGAAAGAUCAUCAUACUGGAGUGUACGACACGACAAACACCCUUCAUCCCGUUUACUCCCCAGGAUCCAGCUAUUCUCCACCAUCCAACUUGAACUUUUACAAGAAACAACUUAACGUCAAGCAACCACACGCUCUGAACCCACUUGUCCAGAACAGCUACGAGAGCUACCCUCCUUAUCAGAAAGAAGAGUGCUACUGCGUCCCCUACGAUCAGUGCCCUCCUCACGAAGUGGCCCGCAAGGAAGACAGAAGGGAACCGCUCAUCGAUCCCAGGGCGAACCCUAGUGACAUCCAGGCCCUCGCCGAAGACGAAGUGGUCGUGACAGACGGAAACGGAACUAUGACCGUCGUUAAACAGAAACGCGAGUUGGACGAAGAAGAGAAGGCUAGAAGGAGACGCGAAGUGGAAGACAGCGAGGCCGAAGGUUCCGAGAAGAGCGUGAAAGCUAAGAAACUCGGAUUGGGCGGAUCGAACGAUGAGGACGGCGGCGGCGAAGGGCUGAAGCUGAGACCGACGUUCGGGGUGUCGUUCGGCCUUCCGUCCAACGGAGGCUAUCAGACCAACCCUUUUGGACACUAUCCCGCCCUCAAUCCCUACGGGGGAUCUGUCGGAGGGCAAGGCCUGGACCUCGGCCUCGUCUCCGUCAACCCUCUCCUUUCCGUCCAGGUCACCAAGGACGAGUACGGCGAUAAAGUCGUCAAGCCUUUGGUAAACCUUCACGUCACACCGAACCACGGAUUGGUGAACAAGAUCGGAAAUCUUCUCCACCACGUCAAAUCUCCCAAUUAUGGACCGCCUUACAUGUACCACCACCAUCAACACGUGCACAAAAUCCCACCUUUUAAGCCUUACCGGCCAUACCCCGCACCUUACUAUUCGCAUUAUACACCUCAUUACUCACCCCAAUAUUCAUCCUACCCGCCCUCUCACUCGUCCUCUUAUCCUUCUUAUUCGUCCUCUUAUCCGUCUUCCUUCCGGCCAUCUCCGUUCAGAGACGAACCCGAAUACAUCGACGACGACGAAGACGACUACUAUAGAAACGCCCAGUCGAACAUCACCGCCCAGACGUCUCAGGGCUCUGGAAAAUUCGCUUUUCCGCAAGAUAGAAGCGAUCGUUCAAAAAGAGAUACACAAGAGCGCCAGGCGUAUUACGGAGGAAGGAACUGCGGCCCCAGGGAAGUCUGCUGCAGGCGUCCUGCCAGAACUAGUCCUCAGUACAGGCCCCAUUCAGGACAAUGCGGUGUCAGAAACGCGCACGGCAUCAACGGAAGGAUAAAAAAUCCAGUCUACGUCGACGGCGAUAGCGAAUUCGGUGAAUACCCAUGGCAAGUGGCCAUCCUCAAGAAAGACCCGCAAGAAUCUGUAUACGUCUGCGGUGGAACUUUGAUCGAUCCGUUGCACGUCCUCACCGCUGCUCACUGCAUCAAAUCGUACACGGCGUUUGACCUGAGGGUUAGGCUGGGUGAAUGGGAUGUCAACCACGACGUCGAAUUUUUCCCGUAUGAGGAAAGAGACGUCCUCAAUGUCAACGUGCACCCUGAAUUCUACGCAGGUACUCUUUAUAACGACUUGGCCAUCCUGAGGCUGGAAAGGGCCGCAUCGGCGGGAGUCAGCCCUCACAUCUCCCCUGCCUGCUUGCCGGAUCAGCACGCGGACUUCACCGGCGCCAGGUGUUGGACCACCGGCUGGGGCAAAGACGCUUUCGGCGACUACGGCAAAUACCAAAACAUCCUUAAGGAGGUGGAUGUACCUGUCCUUAGCCACCACCAGUGCCAGGCUCAGCUUCAGCAGACUAGGCUUGGCUAUGACUUCAAACUUCACCCCGGCUUCGUCUGCGCCGGAGGGGAAGAGGGCAAAGACGCUUGCAAGGGCGACGGAGGCGGCCCGAUGGUCUGCGAACGAGGUGGCAUCUGGCAGCUGGUCGGCGUCGUCUCCUGGGGGGUCGGCUGCGGCCAAUACGGCGUCCCGGGUGUUUACGUCAAAGUACAGCACUACCUCCCUUGGAUCAGGCAGAUCACGAACCAGUUUUAAAAUCCGCAAUAACCUAAGAACUUCAGGCUGCCCGGCUUGGAGAUAAGUGUAAUGCAUUUUGGCAUUUUUCCAUGUCUAUAGUUUAGUGAAGGUUUUGUAUUUAAUUUCAUCUGGCCAGUUAAUUCAAACUAAACUUAAUGUUCCCCUACUUAGUUUUGUUAAGUAUUUAUUUAACUUCGAGCUUUUAAUUUCUUUGUAAAUAAA